AAAAACCAAGGUCCUGGCAUGCAAAACCCGACAUCCCCUUUCGCCCCAGCCUUCCCUCUCGUUCUCCGCCUCCGCCUCCGCCUCCGGCCACGCUCCGCAAGAGUCACCUAGGGACGACGCCCAACGCCCAGUCAACCACUCCUCCUGCCCUCCACCCCUUCCCUUCCCUUCCCUUCCCUUCCCCUCUCCUCCCCUCCCCUCCCGCCGCCUCCCCGGACCCCGCCCCGAUCCCACCCAUGGCGUCGGAGAUCGAGGUGCUCGAGGACACCACCACCACCUCCUCCUCCAUCACCGACUCCCUCGUCGCGGCGGCGUCCGCGGCCCCUUCCGCCGCGGAGGGCGGAGGCGCGGAGGCGGCGGAGGACGAGUCGCUGAAGAACGACGUGUACACCGCGGCGGCGUACGGCGAUCUGGAGAAGCUGCAGCGGCUGGUGGAGGGGGAGGGCCGGCCGGUCGGCGAGCCCGACGGCGGGGGCUACCACGCGCUCCAGUGGGCCGCCCUCAACAACCGCGUCGCCGCCGCGCAGUACAUACUCGAGCAUGGGGCAGACGUAAAUGCUGUCGAUCACACUGGGCAAACAGCACUUCACUGGAGUGCUGUACGUGGUCAUAUCCAAGUUGCUGAACUACUUCUGAAAGAAGGAGCUAAGGUGGAUGCUGCUGAUUUAUAUGGCUAUCAGGCCACACAUGUUGCAGCGCAGUAUGGUCAGACAGCAUUUAUUUAUCAUAUUGUUGCGAAAUGGAAUGCUGGUCCAGAUGUCCCUGAUAAUGAUGGAAGAAGCCCAUUACACUGGGCUUCUUAUAAGGGAUUUGCAGACUCCAUACGACUCCUUUUGUUUUUGGAUGCUUAUAGGGGACGGCAAGAUAAAGAAGGUUGUACUCCUUUACAUUGGGCUGCUAUUCGGGGGAAUCUGGAGGCAUGCACUGUGCUUGUUCAGGCUGGCAAAAAGGAUGACUUGAUGGUGAAAGACAAAACUGGUUUAACUCCAGCGCAGCUUGCUGCUGAUAAGAAUCAUCGGCAAGUUGCUUUUUUCCUCGACAAUGCUAGAAGGGUAUAUGACAGAGGAUGUGGUGGGCAUACCAAUUUUGGAAAGUUCUCAAAAUUAGGGCUUGCACCUCUUCUUUGGUGCAUUAUUAUCGGCAUGCUUAUUACGUACAUACACUCUGUUAUAUCAGGACAAUAUGUCACGGAUAUGACAGCACCAUUUGGGCUGUUUGCAUGGUCAGGAGUUUUCCUUGCAACUGCUGGGUUGGUCAUGUUCUAUAAAUGUAGCAGGAAAGACCCUGGCUACAUCAAAAUGAAUAUAAGGGGCUCCCAAAAUCAAAGGGAUGAUGAACCAUUGUUGAAGAUGGAGCUAGACAAUCCUGCGCUUCUUUCUGGUAACUGGUCACAACUUUGUAUAACUUGCAAAAUAGUCAGACCUGUUCGUUCAAAACAUUGCUCUACAUGUGAUCGCUGUGUGGAGCAGUUUGACCAUCACUGUCCCUGGGUAUCUAAUUGCAUUGGAAAGAAGAACAAAUGGGAAUUCUUCAUGUUCCUCACUCUAGAAGUUUUUGCAAUGAUCAUUACUGGUUCAGCUGCCAUUAUAAGAAUUGUAAGGGAUCCAGCUUCUCCAUCACCCUUUGGUGCUUGGCUUCGUUAUUCUGCUUUUCACCAUACUGGUGUGGUUUCAUUUAUCACAGUGGACCUUUUCCUUUUCUUUGGUGUUGCAGCUCUAACUGUCGUUCAAGCAUCGCAGAUAGCAAGGAACAUUACAACAAACGAGAUGGCAAAUUCCUUGAGAUACGCCUAUCUCAGAGGCCCAGGUGGCAGAUUCAGAAACCCGUUCGACCAUGGGAUGCGCAAGAACUGCUCUGACUUCUUGUUAAAUGGAUGCAAUGAGGACAUUGAGCGGCUAGAACAGACAUCGGACACUGAUGAGGAAAUGGGAGUGAUACAGAUGACAAGUGCAGUCUCACAGAAUGGUGAUGGGCCUUUACAUCAUGGUAAUGGCCCUGACCAUGGUUGCGCUGAUUCACAAGCUAACUCAAAAUCUCAUAGCCAAGUAAGUUCAUCUCAGUGUUGCGACCACAGUAAGAGGACUGAUAGGACACCUUUGGGCCUAGGGUUGGGCCUUGGGCGAAACAGUGCGUCCCGACAGUAUGUCCGGUCUCUUAUUCCGUUGUGAUUCAUCAUUUGGAGAUCAUGUAUCUGUUUCGCUGUAGAUUGUACGUGUUCACUGCUCAGGGUCCAUCUUUUGCUUAACUGCUCUUACAUGAUUUACCGUAUAGUGUUGGCUAGGCUGUGUUAACAUUGUUGGGGCAUUAGCUCGAGAAAACUCUGCUAUAUCUAGUGCUGGUGGUGAAUACAAAGAUGGUGAAGGUGGGACUUGGCUCGUGAACAUCGGAUGAACUGCAGUUCGGAAAUGUCAGAGAGUUUCUACAAAGAAGAUAACAUUUAUGGCAGAUGAGCAUGAAAUGUCUUCACAAUUGUUGUAUACAUCAGGUUCAGUGGUUCCCCCAUUGUUAAGCAUGAUACGAGUUUGGAAAAUGUAGCUGUAAAUCCAGAAAAUUGUAAAUUGAUUAGUAACCUCACCGAGGCACAAGCUGUUUUCCUAUUGUUCAUUCAAGCUUCAGUCGGAAUAUUCCACCAAAGUUUUGCGGUUUGCAUUGUGGAUACCCCAGUUGGUUUGGGUGUGUACUGGUGGUGCAUCACUGUGUGAAUGCUUUAGAGUUUAGGUUAUUCUUGUUAUAAAACACGUUACAAACUGACAAUGAGAUCUGUAACUUUAUUGGUAGAUUGAUGGUCGAGGAAGUUGUGUGGUAAGAACCUGUACUUUGCCGUGUCAUCAUUUCAUUAUUAUAUGCUCUUUCCCUUCUCCUU